GUGUAUGUCUGCAGUUCUGAUGCUUUAGACUUGAAGAGAAAAUCUGUUCUUAUGGCAGCUGAACUGCUCCAGCCCUGUGGAAUGAAGCCGGUGCGUCUUGGCGAGGCUGCGGUUGACCUUCUGGUCAAAGGGGCCCGUAAUGGCACUGAAGGGGCUCAAGACAAUGUGUGUGGAGCCACAGCCACACUACUGCUGAUGUUACUUUGCCUGCUGCUGGCCAUCAGACACCAUCGGCCAGAGAAAUCUCAUGUGCCGGGUCCUUGUUUCUUCCUGGGUCUGGGUCCUCUUCUCUCUUACUGUCGGUUCAUCUGGUCUGGGAUCGGGACCGCCAGCAACUACUACAACAGCAAAUAUGGAGACAUUGUGCGGGUCUGGAUCAACGGUGAGGAAACUCUCAUCUUGAGCAGGUCAUCUGCUGUGUAUCAUGUGUUGAGGAGAUCUCUGUACACCUCACGCUUUGGGAGCAAACUAGGUCUGCAGUGUAUUGGGAUGCAUGAACAGGGCAUCAUAUUCAACUCAAAUGUGGUGCUCUGGAAAAAAAUCCGCACCUUUUAUGCUAAAGCUCUAACAGGUCCAGGGCUUCAGAGAACUUUGGAGAUUUGCACCACUUCCACAACCACACACCUAGAUGAUCUGUCUCACCUGACGGAUGCUCGGGGACAGGUGGACAUUCUCAACUUACUGCGGUGCAUUGUGGUGGACAUUUCCAACAGACUGUUUCUAGGAGUUCCUCUCAAUGAGCGUGAUCUGCUUCAGAAGAUUCAGAAAUAUUUUGACACCUGGCAGACAGUAUUAAUCAAACCUGAUGUGUACUUCAGACUGGACUGGCUGCACAGGAAGCACAAAAGAGAAGCUCAGGAGUUACAGGACGCCAUCACGGCUCUGAUUGAGCAGAAGAAAGUUCAGCUGACACAUGCAGAAAAACUCGACCAGCUCGACUUCACAACAGAGUUGAUAUUCGCUCAGAGCCACGGGGAGCUGAGCGCUGAGAACGUCAGGCAGUGUGUGUUGGAGAUGGUGAUCGCGGCUCCAGAUACUCUCUCUAUCAGUCUGUUCUUCAUGUUGCUGUUACUCAAACAGAAUCCAGACACUGAGUUGAAGAUCCUGCAGGAAAUAGAAACUGUUUUAGCUGGUAGAAGCCUGCAGCACUCACAUCUGUCCAGGUUAAACAUUCUGGAGAGUUUUAUCAACGAGUCGCUCCGGUUCCACCCGGUCGUGGACUUCACCAUGCGCCGGGCGCUGGAUGAUGAUGUCAUUGAGGGCUACAAAGUGAAGAAAGGAACAAACAUCAUAUUAAACGUGGGUCGAAUGCACCGAUCCGAUUUCUUCCCCAAACCGAAUCAGUUCAGUCUUGACAACUUCCAGAAGAAUGUGCCGAGUCGUUUCUUUCAGCCGUUCGGAUCAGGCCCGCGGUCAUGUGUGGGAAAGCACAUCGCUAUGGUGAUGAUGAAGUCCAUUCUUGUGACGCUGUUGUCUCGUUUCUCCGUGUGUCCUUUGAAGGGCUCUACUGUAGAAAGCAUCCCGCAAACCAACAACCUGUCGCAGCAGCCAGUGGAGGAGCCCUCAAACCUCAGCGUGCAGCUCAUCCUGAGAAACACUCUUUGAUUCACCUCUAUCAUAUGUGCUCUAGUACACUCAAUGGCAUAGAAGAACCAUUUUUGUUCCCCAAAGAACUAUUCAGUUCUUAAAAGAACCAUUUUCUUUCUAGAACAUUUUAAAAAUCUAAAAAAACUUUUUAGCUAUAAAUAACCUAUUGUAUACUGGAAAGUAUCAAUGGAUGUUAAAGGUUCUUCAUGGAACAAUAGAAACCAAAAAAUAACCUUUAUUUUUAAGAGUGUACCAUGUAUUUAUCUACUGCUUUUAAUCAUGUCUUUUGGGUAUUUGUGUUUAAAUUUGUAUUCAGUGUGAAUGUAAAUGAAUGUAAUUGUUGUUAUGAAGUAUGGAGCUGGGGGGGGAAAUAUAUUUCAAUGUUUUUGCUUUCUCUUGCAAAGAAGUCAAAUGUUUUGUGAGCGAACGCAGUUUUUUCGGGGGAGCACAAACCUUUUGCGAAAGAACGCAAAAGCAUUGACAAAUAGGCAAUUUUUCCUCCUAUCUCAUAUUUUUUUCCUUCAACAUGUCCCAUAAUAAUUAAUGAUAUUGUGGCAUCCUGUGAAUUUUUUUUUUUUUUUUU